ACAAGAAUUAAGCAUAUUAUUAAAUUUUAUUAACAUAGCAUUUAAAUGCAACCUUUUAUCGUAAUACGCAACUAUCGAGAAGAUGAUGAACUCAAAUGUCAGGAGUUGGUGCGUGAUUAUAUCAUGUCCUUUUCUACAAAAUCAUUUUUUUGCUUUUGCUUCCGAGAGAUAACAUUGCAGUUCAUUGUAAUAACAUGGGCCAUUUUAUUUAUAUUUUUGGGUGUUCCUUUGACAUUUUGCUCCUUAACUAUACCUGGUUGUAUAUUUUUCUUAUUUUCCGGAACAUAUUUUUCAUUCUACGCAAAGGCAGUGGAAUUAAUGAGGACCAAACCAAAUCAAUCGCUGGUGGCGGAAUGCUAUGAACCUUUUAUAUUUCGGUUAAAACCUACUGAAUGUACAUAUCAAAUAUUUUUGGAUGAUGCACCUUAUGAACAGGCCUUUAAAAAUAAGUUCCGUAAAAAGAUAAUUGCUUGUGUUAGUGUUAAGAACCAUAAAGAUGUUUAUAACGCAGCUUGGAUUUAUAGAUUCGCCGUUGCUCCUGGUUACCCAUUUCAAAAGAUAGCAGAACCUAUGAUAAAUAUAGUUUCAAAGAAUUGUGUUCAACAAGGUUAUGGUACUUUGGAGUGUACCAUGUCAGAAUGGCAGGAAGAACAACGUGAUUUUUUUGAUGGCUUAGGUUUCUUAACCCGGCAAAUAUAUCACAAACAAAUUAUCGGCAGCAGCUUAACGGUGAUGAAAACUCAACUAACUUAUGACUUAAAAACGGCUAAUUCGAUACAAAAGCAAAAUUAAUAUAACAUUUUAGAAGCAUUUAUAUACAUACAAGAAAGUAAAAGAACACUGCACGAAUUUAUUGAAUCUCUUUUCUACACAUUCCUACACAAACUGCCAACACACUCACUAUUUUACUACAGUAUUUUAAACACAAUGCUAGAACAUAUAACAAAAAUACACAAAAUCACAAACAAAUCUUCCUUUCGAAUAAAUAGUUUUGAUACAUAAAAUAUUAAAAUGAAUG